GUUGUGAAAACAUGCACCAUUUCACUUCCGUGUUGUAAACCGAUCCAAUUUUUAGUUGAUAUUUCCUUAUUUCAAAGGGCAGAAAUGAAAUCUAUGUGUGUGUCAUGAAUAUUAAGAAGUAUGGAUUCGGUAGAAUCUUUUUCGAGGGCUUGGUAUGAGCAAUUCCCACAAGAAACGGCCCCAGAUUUGGAAGUGUUCAGAAAGGCUUCCCCAAGAAAGCAAGAUGGCUGUUCUUUGACAGAUGUUGAAAGUGCCAUCUGUCAAAGAGAAGAAUACGUGAAACGACUGACUGAUGAGUUAGCCAAGGAAAAAUUUGUGCUGGAAUAUCUAAAAGGUGUUCUGAAAGAGAGACAGUCUACCAUAAAUGGUGAAAAAGAAAACCAUUUGAAUGUUCCUGAUGACGGUAGUGCAAGGCCGAAGCUUAUUCGAGGACGUCCCCUCGUCCAGAAUGUGGAGCAUUGGCGUUCAAAGAGUAAUGACAGUGAGCGAUCAGAUGAAGAUGAUAAAUAUUCAAAAUCGCCGGAAGGCUAUCGCAAGAACAAAGAAAAAAUUUUCAAACCCAAACAUGCUCCAAGCGCGUCAUUUACUAACCGUUCUAAUAACGCUGUUUCGAUUCCAUCUCGAUCGGCAUCGAUGAAUGCAGCAAAAAGCCCUGAAGUGUCCAAACGCCAUGCGCCAGUGCAACAAACAAAUUCUGAUCAUCCGCUUGUGCCACCAAAACCAAGACGUACGAAAAAGAUGGAUCAGCUCCUUGAGAGUAUGGGUGAAGCCUCAGCAAAUGGUAAAACAACUUCUGAUUCGCCAUCUCCUCCUCCUCCACGAAGUAGAAGUCACAGUCGAGAAAAGUUAGAUGCUCCUCAAGCGUCGCCAAAAGUAUCGCCAAAAUCGUCGCCAAAGUCAACUGCUGACAGACAAGGCUCUAAAAUUGGUCGAGAUCAUCCAUUGCUUGCACAACAGGGUGAACGUCGUGGCAGUCAAGGGCUUGAUGAUAUUCCUCGGGCAAAGGACUUACCGAGUUCUUUAAAGAGAGGGUCUAGAGGGCCUUGUUCUACUUUUAAAAAGGGUAGCAAUGAAGACUUGGAUAACAGAAGUUCUCCCAAACCUUUGUCAGAGAGACGAGGGAGCCAAGAAAAUCUUCUUGCCGUUAAACCUGACCAUCUUCCAGUUAAUAGCAGAGUAGGGAAAUCACCAUCUGACUCAGCUGGGAUGUAUCAAGAACUCGCUGCAAUAUUCGAUAAGAAAGAAGGAUUAAAAAAGCCUGAUGAGGCUCGACCAAGCAGCUUUACAAAUAAGUCUUAUGUUGAAAUUGAUAUUGAUGAGAAUAAAAGAACUUUAGAGAGGUUGGAUAAGGACAAAAAGGACCCCUCACGUGGUAUCAAAGUUCCAAUGCGACCAUGGCAACGCCAACACAACUAUGAAGAAGUUGAGAUUUUUCGUAAAGAGAACAAUUCACCUGGUAUUCAGUUACCAGGCAAGAGCAGCCAAGCCAGUCGUGUUGCUUAUGAUUAUGAAGACAUUGAUGAAGUUCUUCGACAAAUGGGUAAAACUAAUCCGAAUGACGGAGGUGGGACAAGCGUUUCAAAAGAUGAGUACUAUGAUCGGGCGGAAUUGGCGUCAUUAUCAAGUGAUGACGAUGAUGGUGAUUAUGACAAUGUUUUGGAUGUGACCAAUGAUCUGCUGGGGGAUUCAUCUAGUGAUGACGAUGAUCGCAUUUAUUACAACCUCGUUCGCAUGAAGCCUCCGCUGAUUCAAAUGUCGUCCGAUGCUACUGAGAUCGAGGAGAGCAUCUAUGCGGACCCACGAGAUAUCCUGGAGCGUAAACACGAGAUGAGAAAGCUACGAGAAGAAAAAGCGGUCAAGUUUCGCCUCAGUACUCUGGAGAGAAAGGUGAAAAGGACGAUUCAUCAACGUUUGAGUAUAGAUGCAACCCCUGCCGGUCCAGGGGGGAGAUCUCCAACACAGACAGGUCAUUUUAGCAUCGGCUCUGACAGUGUGUUCCUUGGCGUGCCUCCUGAAGAAGGCGUUCCUGAACAUCGUGCCGCUAGUCCAGUACCUGGGCAUUCCUACCUAGAUGUAGAGCGACCCGGAUGGACGCAGAGGUCUUAUACAAGUCAGGAUGAGAGAGAUGGAGAAGAGUCUCCAUCAGGGAAGAGUGAUGCGGACACAGAGCAGCUUCAGAUGAGAAAGUGGGUCAUCACCAGCAUCCUAGAGAGUGAGAAACUCUAUCUCGACUGCUUGGGUAUCUUACGCCAGUAUAUGAAGUCACUCCAAGCUGCUGAGAAAACUUCCCAACCUGUGCUUCCAAUAGAAGACAUCUCAGUUAUAUUCUUCCGCUUACCAGAGAUUUAUGAUAUACACGAAGCAUUUUAUGACCAGUUACAGCCACUGGUGGGAAAAUGGAAUGCUGAUUCUCAGGUUGCUAACCUUUUCAAGGAAUUGGUUGUCCAACAAUUUGAAGUAUAUAAGGAAUACUUGCUCAAUUACAAGAAGGCAGUAGCUACCGUGCAGAAGUGUUCCCAGGAUAAUGAGCAGUUCAAUGACCUUGCCAAGUCAAUCAAGGGCAAGGGCAUACAAGGAUCAGAAAGUUUGGAACAACUUCUCCACAAACCUGUACUGAGAAUCCAGAGGAAUUGUUUGGUGCUAGAAGAUUUGGUGCAGUGGACGCCUCUCAGUCAUCCUGAUAGGCCAGUGUUAGAAAGUGCUCUGAAGCUGUCCUAUCAUAACAUAGAGAAUCUGGUUGACCCAACCAAUGAUGGUAAAGUUGAGUCCUGCGAUCGUCACCUGGUCAAGAACAGUCUGAUAGUGGAACAGGUCCAAGGCAAUCGCAAGCUAAGACAUGUCUUCCUCUUCAAUGAUGUUAUUGUCUGUACGAAACCCAAGAUGGGCAGCAAGUUCGGCUUUGAAGUCAAGUGGUUCAUUCCUGUUCCUUGUAUUAAGUUGGACGACUUCAUACAUGCUGAAGUCGAUAUAUGUAAAUCUCUGAGUGUCUUCAGAGGGAGAUCGUCGUCCGUUCGCAGUCGAUCUAAUUCCGCGCUGUCAGGAAAGGGAGGUUCUGAAUCUGAGGAAACCUACGAGCAAGAAUUCGAGAAGAAACGAAAACUUGAGGUCGAUCAGCUGAAGAAGCGUGUCAGCGUCCUGAAAUAUGACCUAAAGAAGGAGCUGCAGAAAGAAGACAUCUCCAAGGAUAAGGCUUUCUUUGGGGGUCUCAGUGGUAAAUCGGUGGAAAAGAUCAGGAAAAAGCUUGUCGAACAGCAAGCUGCUCUCAUCCUCGCCUCCCCCAAACUUGUGUUCAGAAUUCACUACAAACAGAACAAGGUGUAUUCAUUGUUGAUGUCUUCAGAUUAUGAGAGGGAUGAGUGGAGAGAGGCGAUUCGAUCCGUGCAGUCUAAAGACCCAAAAGUGCCAAACUUGAGUGUGUUUGAUGUGCAAUCGUUAGUCAAUUCUUGUAGACAGAUUCCUCGAGUGAAUGUCCUUGGCACGUUGCUGAUGAGGCAUGCCCAGGAUGAGGAGAUCAUGCAUGGGAUGCUCAAUGUGACUGUCAAGAAGCUGAUGGGCCUGGUAUCCCCGGUCGAUACGUUCUGCUCCCUGGAGGUGGAUUCCUAUGGUAACUUCUCCAUGCAGGCCAAGACCAACCUCAUCUGCAACUCCAUUGAACCAAAAUGGAACGAGACUUUUGAGAUUUCACUUGAUGGCUCUCAGACAUUGCGCGUGCUUUGCUACAAGCAGAUGUCGGAGAGUGAUUGCUUGCUGGGCAAGUGUGCGCUGGAAUUGAACCAGAACUGGCUCAAGAAGGAGUUCCAGGAGGUCACCUUGUCCAUGGGAGAAACAUCCAUUCUUCUUUCGGUACAACAUGUGAGCCGGGAACAAACUAUGAAGCGAGUCCAGUCGAGGAUGAAUACUGGAGUGUUUGGAGUCAAAUUGGAAACUGUUUUGAUGAGAGAAGGGAGCCAAUUUCCCACAAUAGUGACAGCAUGUGUUGCUGCGGUUGAGAAGAGGGGCCUUGAUGAUGUGGGGAUAUACCGUGUCUCGGGAGUCUCUUCAGAAAUACAACGGUUGAAGAAACUGUUUGAGAAAAGUAGCAAGGUGGCAGUCGAUGAGCUAGUUCAGGCAGAUAUUCAUGCUGUGACCGGACUAUUAAAGCUCUACUUCAGGGAGCUACCAGAGGCCCUCUUCACUGAUAAGUUAUACCGGCGAUUUGUGGAUGGUUUAGGCUUGAUUGACCCUGUUUCUAAGGAGAGGUGUAUGCUGACGUUGUUCAAGUCACUUCCCGAACCAAACCACCGAUGCAUCUUGUUCAUUAUUGACCAUCUCUUACGUGUCAGCAAAAAUGAAGAUAAGAACAAAAUGUCGGUGAAGAACCUGGCCACGAUCUUUGGCCCGACGCUGCUCAGACCUGCUUUCAAUGAUGUGGCCGCCACGCCGGAGGAUUUGCUCUCAAUGGGAACGCGGGAUGUGUUCGACCAGUCGGGAAUCUUAUUAUACUUCUUGGAGCUUCGUUUAGAGGACCAUGACUUCUCAAGAUAUUGAGAGAAUAAAAAACUGUGAUAUUUUGUUGCCUAUUCAAGUGAACAAAAACAUAAUUUGACACUGAAUUACGUGUAGUAUAUUUUAUGCUUGGCAGCGAUUCAAACUGUGCUGACUCUAGCCAUGUUACUCAUGCACCCUACCUUGCAUAUGAGAAAACUUAAUAUUUUGAAUGUGUGUGUUCUAAUGUUUCUGUACAUGUGUGUGCUUGAUGGGGGUGUGAAAGGAAUCGUAGGCCCCUUGGAGAGAAAGUCUGAGAUAUGAAAAGUGUCUGUUAUAAGAUCACGAUCUAUGGCUAUUAGUUUGACAUGCGCCUGUAUCUGUCAUGGAAAAAUAAGGUAGCACUUUUUCUUCAUGGUGAUUAAAUUAACUUCACUGUGGGGUGUUUGCACAAGUAAGGAGUACAGAGAAUAUAUCACUUCCUUUUCGAUCUAUUUACCAUUCUUUAAAGUGAAAGACGAAUUCUUAUAUUUAUACACAGGGUGUGUCAAAAUAAACUUCCAUUUCUAAGCAUUGCCAAACACCAAAAAUGUGUGUAAAUUGAUCCUAACUCUUUUCAGUGUUAAUACAACGAAUGGGUUGUGUGAUACCCAGGGGGGUUCUCAAUAAGGAUGGGUUCACACGUUAGAAAUAAAAGAGUAGUCUGUGAAAAUAUUCAGAAAUAUAACAUCAAGUUAUAUUGACGACUUUUGAGGGCAUAAUAGAUCAAAACAAUGUUGACACUAACGCUGGCAUUGAAUUAACUUGAUGUUAUCUCCUUCAGUUAAGCCAAGUUAAGUCAACACCAGCCUUAGGGACAAAAUAUUGUUUUGAACUACCGGGCCCUGUUGGGAGAGAUAUUGAAAAGCAAUGUACCGGUACACAAUUAUUCUAGACGUAUAUUCAAGAAUCCCUGAUGUUGCCUACAUCAUUUUGUUUACCAGGAUGCUGAUUGGCAUUUUUCUUCUUAUGUAUGAAUUUUUGCACUGAAGCCACACCAGUUUAAUUCCUGAGGAGGUGAGGAGGGAAAUUCUUCUUUUUGGGAGACAGGGGUAAAAAUGAAAAUAAAAACCUCCCAAGACUGUUAAAUACGCAAUAUAUUGUGAACAAGACUGUGUCAGCAUAUUUGACUUUGUAACACAUCACAGAUGAUUUGACCAGCGAAACUCCAGCAAGACUAGUUUUUUGUUAUAUGUUUCAUGUUGUGUCAACAUUUGACCUAGGUAGUGGUCAAUUUCUGUUAUGAAAACAGUUUUUUUUCACAUUGGGGAAAUAGGUCUGUCAGCUAUCCAAGGUACGGUAUUAUAUUGAUGUGGCCUAAGUACCGGUACAACUCUUUGGAUAACGUAGCUAAUGAAAGAUAUUCUAUGUGUCGUGUGAGUUUAACCCUCCCUUCCUUGUCUGCUCAAUUUGUAAAUACUUUAUAAAAAGCUUUGGGUGGGAAGUUUUGAAAGUUAUUUGCUCAUGCAUGUCUAAUGCUUAAGAAUUGUCAUUGAUGUAUUUUUCUAUGCCUUACAUCUUGAACAUUCCUCUCAAUGCGCAAUUUGGACUCUACAUGUUCUUGAUUUCCUUUUUUGACAAUGCUUAUUUUCAAAGAUAAUCUGCUGAACUAUCAGGAAGUUAGGGAACUUAUUGUGGUAACUAAGAAAGAGAUAGAUUGAAGCUUAUAGGCCGACAGUAGAGUAUGAAAGGCUAAUCGGAAUCUAAGAUGGCAACAUCCUUUAAUAAUUUGUGUAAUUCAGAGCAGAGACAGCUUUUUCUUUUUCACGUAGAAUAUAUCUGACCUAACUUAUGGAUUUAGAUGCAAUUUGCAUGUGUAGUUCUUGAAUGUAUGUUUCAUAACCUGGGCCAAAUUGGGUCUGAAAUGUGCAUUGUUACUGAGAUUUAAGGGCACAAACUUUUGAAAAUGUAUUCGAAAACCAAUUGCAGUUGGACAUUUAUAAAGACACAUACUCUAUCAAUGGAGUGCUGAUUCCAUGAUAAAAACAGUAGAUAGUUAGAGUCUGUGGUCAAAUGCCUUGAGCCUGCAUUCUCAUGCAUUUCUAUAGGCAUAGCUCUUCUCGGGUAGAAACAUGCUAUUCUAAUGCUGGCCUUUAGGUUGCAAUAGUCUUUUAAAACUGAGAUUUUGAGAAAAGAAUUUGGGGCAUUGUGUUGUGAAAGUUAUGAAAUCCACUAAGGAGAAAUACAUAUGGGACCAAAUGUGGUAGACAUCUUUAAGGGACAACUUUGGCGUGGGAUUCACCUGGCCAGGAGGACAAUACCCUCACUUGUCGCCAUUUGCUGUCACAUGUAGGACCGGUAUCACACUAAUAUUGAUCUCUAAUAAUGAUUUUCGCCAGUUAAUGAUGCGAGCUAGUUUUGGACAUGGCUUGUGAAUUUCAGGCAAGCAGUUACGUCGUGCUCCAAUGCAUUGUUUAUUCAGUUACAGUUUAAUUAUUUUUCAAUGAUCCUGUUUGGGGAAGUUGCGGUCCUGCUGGAAGCCAUUUUUGUAUGAAAAACCCAGAUAUUUCAAGCCCAAGUUGUCCCUUUAAAUACUAGUAGUGAUGUUAGGUUCACUGUGAUAGAUCAAUAAGAGGCCAUAGACAACAUGACAGACUAAUAGGAGAUUUUUGAAUUAUUUUUAUCGUUAAAAGAGCUAUAUGUGAAAGUGCUAGUUCAAAAAAUUACAUUUGGAGUGAAAAAAUAUGCCAUCCGUGCUGUUAACUUCAAGUUGCAAGGAGUUUUUUUGUCAACCUGGGCCGGUUGGUCAAAGCAGAUUUCGUGUUUAAUGAUGACAUUAACUCAACUUAGCAUUAAGUCUACUGGAGUUAAUUGAAAGAAAUAAUGUCAAGUUGAGUUAAAGCCAGCAUUGUUUACAUAUCUUGUUUUGAACAACCAGUCACUGAGCUAGGAAUUUGCUUUCGAUGUUACAUACAAGUGCCAUUUGCUUAUAAGGUACUUUGAGUAAGUGUCUUUAGUAUUUAAAGUAUAUGUACCGAUAUUGCGAUUAUACACUGAAGGAUAUGUUAGGCCUGAGAGCGUUAUGGGGAUAAAGUAAACUACAUGUACAUGACAGUUGGAGAAUGAAAAAAAUAUUUUAAUUUUCAUGAAUCCGGGUUAUUCGCAAAAAUGAAACAGCUGCGAAAAUUUGGUGGUUUGUAGUAGCUUCUUGAUACUGAUGCAGAUCAUUUGUUUUUCUGUACUGUAAACUCAAUUCGGAGCUGUCCCAACUUAUGCUGCAUUGUAAUAGAUAAGGUCAUUACAAACAUGAUGCUACACCUGUUACAACACCUGGUUUAUUUUGUGAUGUUCGUGAGGGGUACGAAAAUCUUCCAUAAUUGUGAACUCUGAUACCAUAAUUUGCAUGUGAACAUUGUGAAGAUAUGUUGUCCAUUGUAAUCCAAGAAACUGCAGUUAUGAGGUGACUAGUUGUUUAAUCAUCACCAUAGUCCUGAUGCAGUUCUUUGCAUGUUGCUGUACGCUUGUUCCCAAGCCUUCUAGUUUGGUUGGGGAAGGGUUAAGAAGGUGCCACAAUGUUUGCUUUGUAUUGGAAUGUCAAAAGCCACAAAUAGACGCUGACAUCUAGAAAGUUGCAACAGUGCCAUCAGACCUUCAUAAUCUACUGUAAACUCAGCCAGGAGCCAUCAUGAUUUUUCGGAUGGUAGUAGCCCCGGCAAUGUAAUGGGAAUACAUGUCAUGAUGGCCCCUGACCAACUUAACAGUAAUUCACAGGUUAAUGACUAGUCUUUGAUAGUGAAUAUGCAUGCAGAAGCUUUUCAAUCACUUCAGAAUACUACUUGAAGAAAUCAUACAAAUCUAGUGUCAUUUAAUCAGGUUUUUCAAGCAUACGUGUAACAGAGUGCUUCCAUCUUAUUUGCUGCUUAUAACAUCAUUUAUUACUAUUUAUUUAGUAUUGGCAGAAUACCUUGCCAUCCAUGUUGGUGGAAACAGCUACUUGCUGGUGCAUGCUUUAUACAAUUGCUGAUGGAUGAGGAAAUAAAAUUUAGCAUAACUCA